AUGUCUUGCCUCUCAUUGCUCGAUCUCCCAAAUAGAAACAUUCAAUUGCUCUUUGACUAUUUGGACAACUUGGAUGGCAUAUGUCUUGUGCUCAGCUCCACAUGUCUCUACGCUCAAAGAGACCAGCUUCUUAGGUUUGACAUCAGCUCAAUGUAUAUUGAAGGUUGCUACACAUACAAGAGCGAACAUAUCAGACGUGCAACUUGUCUCAAUAGCUUCCUCCACUCCAUUGAUCGAUCUCUAAGCAACAUUAACAUUAACAUUAAGGUUCGCACGAGUGACGAUGUAGAGUGGCUGCAGUCGCACUCCAAUGGCAAUUACAACAUCAGCAAGCUCACGAUCAUUGGUGAGCGACCACCCCUCAUCCCACCAACUGUGACAUCGCUCAACUGCCACUUAGAUUUUGUUGGUGAUGCUUCAUCAUCAUCAUCAGUGACUGAACUCAUUCUCUUUGGAGAUGGACUGCCAGUCGAUAUUCCAUCAACAAUCACAACUCUCAAUAUCAGCAAUUGCCGAGCCGGCGAUACAGAUUCCUUUGUGAACCCCUCAACUAUCACAACGCUGAUGGUCUACGCGAGCCAAUUCAGUCCGCUCUCGCUUCCUCAUUCCAUCACAACAUUGAACCUUAAUGCAUAUUAUUGUUAUCUUGCCUAUGGAGUCAUUCCAGACUCAGUGACCAAGAUCACACUGCGAAACUACAACUAUGACCUGCAACCAGGCGACCUCCCUCAAUCGAUCAAGAAUCUCAAUCUUUACAUUUACAACAACUCGCUAGACAUUGGAUCUAUCCCAGAUGGCGACCAGUUCCGGCAUUGUUCACACUCGCUCGCCUAUCUCCCGCCUUCGGUGGUUCAUCUCUGUCUUGGUGACCAUCGUCUCACGCCGGGGACGAUUCCUGCCUCCAUCACUGAGCUCGUCCUCGGUGGAUUCUACGACAGGCCAUUCGAUCACAAUGCAAUCCCUCCCACUGUUACCUCUUUGACAAUUGGAAGAAUGUUCUAUACUAAUCCCAUUGACAAUCUUCCAUCAACUCUCAAGACCUUUCGGUACGAUGGCUGGACCACGCUUGGCAGACAUCUCCUUCAUCUCACCAACUUGGGUCUCGAUGAUAUCCGCAUUGACAACAUUGACCGUACGCAUCCAUCUUGGGAUUGA